AAAUUCAGCACGUGCGUAUUUGAGGUUAUGAGUCUAUACUUGUAUGAAAAUAAUAACUGUGAAAGUUGUUGUGAAGUAGUAUCGAAAGUUAUGCUAUUAUCUCUUAUUAAUGUGGUAAAUACGUUUUGUUGAUUUAUUAAGAGUUAAUUAUGACACAUUGUAAAGUACAUAAUGUGCGAUUUUACAAUCCAGAACCUCAGCCAAUUAGAUGUAUGAAAAUUCACUAUAAUACAAAAAAAUUGGCUUUAUCUAGAUCAGAUGCAUCUGUAGAAAUAUGGAAUUUACAAAAUACAUGGUUUUUAGAAAAAUCCAUUGUACCUUCCACAGAAAAUUUCAGUAUAGAAGAUUUGGCCUGGUGUGAUAACAGACUGCUAAGUGUUGGACUUCAUGGACUGUUGGUUGAAUAUAAUUUAUCAAAAUUAAGCUUGGAAAAUCGUUGGGCCGUAACAGGAGAAGCAGCUUUUUGUUUGGAUGUUAAUAAAACCAACACAAAAAUAGCUAUUGGUACAGAACAAGGAUAUUUAAAUAUCUUUACAGUAAAAGAAGAUGGAAUUUACUUUAAAAAAUUCCUAGAUAAACAAGAAGGUCGCAUAAUUUCUCUUAAAUUUGACUCUACAGGAGAAUUUAUUGCAUCUGGAAGCAUAGAUGCAAUUAGAGUUUGGAAUGUCGAAACUGGUCAUGCAAUCCACAAAAUGACUACUGGCAGAUCAGAAGCUAAUAAACCGACUAUAGUAUGGUGUAUUAACAUAACUGAUGAUUUUACAAUAAUAAGUGGAGACUCAAGAGGAAAACUGACUUUUUGGGAUGGGAAAAUUGGCGCACAGAUAGAAAGUUAUCAAUCACAUAAAGCAGAUAUAUUAACAAUAUGUUUGUCAUCCAACCAAUCAUCUUUAUAUUGUGCUGGAGUAGAUCCAAAUAUUAUCAAUUACGAAAAAAUAACUAUAAAAAGUGGUGCACCAAAAUGGGUCCGAAGUAUACAAAGAAAAAUACACGAACAUGAUGUUAAUGCAUUGGUUUUACUAGAAAAUAAACUUUACUCUGGAGGCGCCGAUAGUUAUUUAGCUUGUAGUUUCCACCCACCUAAAACACUGUUAAAACUACCCCCUAUAUUGCAGAACCCUUGUGUUCAACUAGCACCUGCCGCUAAACGUUUGUUAUUAAGAUAUCCAAAACAUAUCGAGUUAUGGAAUCUUGGUAAAAGUAAAGAUGUCGAUGUUAAUUAUAGAGGACUAUUAUCACUCAAUAAUGAACCUAAGAAACUGUUAGAAUUAAAAAGAGUAAUGAAAAAUUACGAAAACGAGGAAGAUUCAGAAGGAAUAAUUUGUACGGCUAUUUCAAAAGAUGGAACUUGGAUACUAUAUAGUACCAUUCAAGGAGUCAACUUAUUCCAGUUUAUAUAUAAUGAGGAAAAUCCGAUUCUAUUGAAAGUUGAUAAUUUGGAACAUAAAAAUAUACCAUGCCUCUGCGCCGCUUUUACUUCUAAUAACAAACAACUAAUUACUUGUCCAAACUCUGGAAAUUUAUUAGUGUAUCAGCUUUUAGAAAACAAAGCUUCACUAUUACAGACCAUAGAAACUUUUAAUUCAUUUGAAUGUAUUACAUUCUUAAACAUUAGUACUUGUAGUAAUUACCUAGUGGUUGGUGAUACUAAAAGUAAUAUAUUGACAUGGAAGUGGAACGGAAAGAAAAAUGAGUGGUUGAAAUAUUGUAAAUUACCUCGAUACAAGUCUCCUCCAAUGGUAAUGGCCCUACAUCCGAAAACAACAAAUCUAGUUGUGGUCUAUUCGGAUUCAAAGUUGAUAGAAUAUGACUUGAAGAAAAAAGAAUAUACAAAUUUUUCCAAUGAAUUCGAAAAAAGCGAUUGGAAAUCAAGACCAUACCCGAUUAGAAAUAUAACUUUCGAUCCAAGAAAUAAAAAUAACAUUAUUUUACAAGAUGACAGCAAUAUAAUUGUUAUUAACAAAAAUUUAAGCACAAAUAAAAAAAAUAAAAUUGCUAGAACCAAUUCAGAGGAAAACAGUUUAGAAAAAUCGUCGGAAGGUUUUGAAAUUUCUCUGGUUAAAAAGUAUAAACAUUUGGCGCAUUUAGAGUGGAUGGAAGAAGAUGAACUAGUAGCUGUUGAAGUGAGCCCACUGACUAUAAUGGAACAACUCCCCCCUGCGUUUUUCCAAAAUACAUUCGGAAAGAAAUAAACUAUUUUUAAUAUUUGGUACCUAAGUUUGUAAAUGGAAAUAAAAUAAAAAAAAUAAUUUUUAA